UAGUGUGAGCCGGUCGAUCAUGGCGGGGCUGUGUGUCGUGUUGCUGCUGGUAGCCAGCGUUUAUCUUUCGUCUGGUGCAAGGGAGAAUGUCGCCCUGAACAAACCAGCAUGGAUGAGUACAACACGCCGAUCUUCACAGCCUGCCAGUAAAGCUGUAGAUGGAGUGAUUUCUGCAACACACGAGAAGUACUCAGCCCACACAAAGGAGCAUGAACCUAAAGCCUGGUGGAAGGUAGACUUACAGAUAGAUGUGCAGUCAGCACUGGUUAAAAUCUACUUCAGAAGAGAUUUUACCGCUCGACGGAACGGACUUCAACUCUACACCUCGGAAAUGAAUUCAUCUGAUCCAAAAGGGGGAGAGCUUUGCCACUCAGUUACUGCACCCUGUCACUGCACAGGCAUCCCUCAUGUCCUUAAUGUGACCUGUCGUGGAACCUGGCGUUUCCUUACUGUCUACACCGAGACGAGUUAUGCUGGACAAGGUGCUGUGUUAGACUUUGUGGAAGUACAGGUGUUGACAUGUCCCACUGGUGAUUAUGGCCCCGACUGUACCAGGAACUGCAGCUCCCGACAUUGCAAGACGCCAUCCCCUACAUGCGGCUCAAUCAGUGGAGACUGUCCAGCUGAUGGCUGUCAGGAUGGAUGGACGGGGACGGACUGCACUACCGGUGCCAGUGUGAAUGUCGCCCUGAAUAAACCAGCAUGGAUGAGUACAACACUCCAAUCUUCACACUCUGCCAGUAAUGCUGUAGAUGGAGUGACUACUGCAACACACCACAAGUACUCAACCCUUACCAAGUAUCAUCAACAUCGCGCUUGGUGGAAGGUGGACCUACAGACACAAGUACAGUCAGCACUUGUUAAAAUCUACUUCAGAAUAGAUUUUACCGCUCAACGGAACGGACUUCAACUCUACACCUCGGAAAUGAAUUCAUCUGAUCCAAAAGGGGGAGAGCUAUGUCACACAGUUACUGCACCCUGUGACGGCACAAGUAUCCCUGAUGUACUGAAUGUGACCUGUCACGGGACCUGGCGCUACCUGACUGUCUACACUGAGACACAUAAUUAUGGAUUGAGUCCUAUGAUAGACUUUGCUGAGGUACAAGUGUGGACUUGCAGCUCUGAAAAGUAUGGUUAUAACUGUGCCAGAAACUACAGCUCCCAGCAUUGUAAAAAGUCUUUCCCUACACAUGACCGAGUCAGUGGUGAAUGCAGUGAUGGAUGUCAGGAUGGUUGGAUGGGUUCGGACUGCACUGAAGUGUGUGUCUCUGGAAAAUACGGCCCUGAUUGUGGCAGAAACUGCAACUCUCGCCAUUGUAAGACAUCUUCCUCUACUUGUGACCGAUCCAGCGGAGAGUGUCCAGCAGGUGGAUGCCAGGUUGGUUGGAUGGGAACAGACUGCUCUGAAGUGUGUGUCUCUGGAAAAUACGGCCCUGAUUGUGGCAGAAACUGCAACUCUCGCAAUUGUAAGACAUCUUCCUCUACUUGUGACCGAUCCAGCGGAGAGUGUCCAGCAGGUGGAUGCCAGGAUGGUUGGAUGGGAACAGACUGCUCUGAAGUGUGUGUCUCUGGAAAAUACGGCCCUGAUUGUGGCAGAAACUGCAACUCUCGCCAUUGUAAGACAUCUUCCUCUACUUGUGACCGAUCGAACGGAGAGUGUCCAGCAGGUGGAUGCGAGGAUGGUUGGAUGGGAACAGACUGCUCUGAAGGCUGCCUGGAUGGUCAAUUUGGGGAAGGGUGUAUGCUGGGAUGUGCUGACCGGCAUUGCAAGGGUACAAGCUCUUGUCCUGCUGAUGGUGUCUGUAGUGGAGGGUGCCAGGAGGGAUGGACACUAGACAACUGUACACAGGAAUUACAGGUAGAUUCUACCCUCACGCGAACUUCUGCUGGCAUAAUUGGUCUAGCUGCUGGGAUUGUCCUCACUCUGAUCUUGGCCGGUGGACUCCAUGUGUGUCUUGUAAGGCGAGGCAGGUUGUUGUGGAGAAACUCAUCUCGGGAGGAAGGUGUGAAUGUCGUGAUGGGAUCAGUUCACAGGAACAGUGCACAUGAAGUGGACACAGCUGUGUCGGAGCAAGGUGAUCCCAACAUCUCCAACAGCGACUAUGCAGCUCUGGAUGUGGAGACAGAAGCUGAGAAUGACUAUGCCGCCCUCGAUGAACGGACUGUGACGUCGCAAGUUUACGAAAAUGUAUAUAAAAUAUAUAGAACAGAACAUAAGUCACCAUGCUGAAAGUAGAUCUGUAACAGCAAACUAUACUUGAGAUCGAUUCUUUUAAUCGUCUCAUAAAAUGUCAAAUGUUUUUCUCACUAUAAUUAUUUUUACUUGCGUGCCACAUGUUCAAAGAUGGGAGGUAGAUGGAAAAGCAUGUUUACUAUCAUUAUCCAUUUAGUGAUCCGUUUUUUUCUGGUAUGACCACCAUUAUGAAGAUGGAACAUUGCUGAGUGUUGCAUUGAACAUCUAACAAACAUCACGAGCAAGUAUUCAAAUUUUCAAACUUAAUACGCUCUAGUUCACACUUACAUUCACUAAUAUAGCCAAAUGCACAUUUACAUCAGAUAAAUGUACUAAUGUACAGAUGUACUAAAACGAUGCAUUUAUAUGAUACCGAGAGGAAAUAUAUGGCACGAAGUAUAUACUUUGAUUUCAUGUGGAUAUCCACGCCGAUUGAGUGUCAUCACAUCGUAUAUUGGCUAUUUGAUUAACUGUAUCUUUCUCAGACAACGUAACUACAUGACCCUGAAGAAACUUCACGCCCGCUGAUACAAUAACAUCGACCAUUAUAUAAGUCGUUUUGCCAGUUGUCAAGAUUCCUGUGUAUAUAUGUGCUUCUUUACAACACAAACUCACUCAAUUACCCAUCAUAUAUCUCUUGUCAUACUUACUCAUUUCACCUCUGCAUGACAUAAAUGUUAGUAGGCCUUUGUAUUCACGGCUUAUCGCCCAUAUUAAUAGUAAAGCUUGUUCAUUGUGUUAAAUGUGCGCUAAUUUUAUUCAUGUAUUUUGUAGCAUCACAUGUUUAUCAAAAUGUCCACAGUACCCAAGAGCAACCUUUAUAUAGAACCUUAUAUUUUCUGAAAAAGAAAAUGUUUAUAAUUGUAUCUAGAGGACCAAACCCAUUCCACUGCAGUGUGAGGAAGAAUGAGCACGACGCUACCCCAUCAAACGAAACAAUGAAGUUCCAACGUUGUGCAGAUUAUCCCAUUAUAAACGAGGAGCUGCAUGCAAAGAUUAUGAUUACAUUAGCCAAACUUAUUAACUUUUCAUAAGGAUAAUUCCAGAUUGGGGGAAAUAUCUGACAAUGUCUCUCAUUUGGCGCAAGCAGCCAGCAGCCACACACUACUGUAUUUAGUGCGGUUAUAAAAACCUCUCAAAACAAAUGUUUUCAAUGUCUUUAUAUUUUUUCAUGGAAAACUGUUGUAAUCUGUCGUAAA